UAGAAAAAAGUUCUCUAGCUAGAAAAACGAAAAACCUAAAAUAUUAAAGAGUAAGAUGAUGAUGGAAUAUAAUGAAGAACUCGGAGCGCUAAUCAAGGUGUGGUUUGUGGCCAUCUUAUGUAUCUGCUACUGCUACUUGAUUCCUAUGCGGAUGAUCAAGAACGGCAUGUCGAGGUUACUCUCUCUUCUCCCCGUUAUCGCCAUUUUUUUCAUCCUCCCGCUUUCGAUCUCAACUCUCCAUCUUUUAUGGCCUACAUUCUUCUACCUCACGUGGCUUGCGAACUUCAAACUCUUACUCUUGGCGUUCAAUCGUGGCCCUUUAGCCCCCACCCCGCCCUUACCUAAUUUCUUCAUCUUUGUCUCCGUUGCCUUGUUACCAAUCAACCGUAAAGAAAAAAUAUUAGAUCCAGCUCCAGCACAUAAACCGCUUAUUUUGGCAUUUAAAGCAAUAAUUCUCGCUAUAAUUGUAGAUUCGUAUAAAUACAAACAUAACUUCCACCCGAAUGUCAUUCUACUUUUGUACAUUUGUCAUAUGUACCUCACUAUGGAGUUAGGCUUAGCCGUCACGGCCUUUUUUCUUAUGAUUUUUAUCGGAUUUGAUCUAGAGAUCGAACCACAGUUCAAUGAACCUCUCUUGGCCACAUCGCUUCAGGAUUUCUGGGGCCGCCGUUGGAACCUUGUUUCAUCGAAAAUCCUAAGAGUUUCUGUGUACAAUCCAACUCGAAAAAUCCUUAUUCCGGUUUUUGGCAAAUUUAGGAGCCAGCAACUCGCAAUUUGCGUUACUUUUUUGGUGUCUGGACUAAUGCAUGAGUUGAUGUAUCUAUACACUAAUCGUGUUCAGCCGACUUGGGAGGUUACGUGGUUUUUCGUACUACACGGAGUAUGUAUGGCUGCUGAGGUGGAAGUUAAGAAGACGGUAUCAGGCAGGUUCGGGUUGCAUUGGGCGGUGUCUGGGCUGCUUACGCUGUCGUUUGUUCUGGUUACAACUGCUUGGUUGUUCUUGCCACAACUUUUAAGGCACGGCGUAGACGACAAGGUCAUAAACGAAUAUUCAGUUAUGGUGGAUUUUGUGAUGUCUAAAUGCAUGAGGAUUAUUAGACUAGUAUGAAAUGUGAUCGAUAUAUAGUCGUACGAAUGCAUAUAUAUCAUGCAUGUAGUAGUAAUAAGCGAUUGUUAAAUAGCGUUUAAAUGUUACUGAAAUGUGGUAAGGGUAUCAAUUUUAUUUAUUUAUUUUAAAUUUUAACUCA